CCGUCCGAUCCGCUGAACAUGGGAAAGGAAAGGGAUGGUGGCAAAAGCCUAUUGUCGAAACGUUGUUGUAAUUAUUAUUGAAUGUCAUUAAUUUAAGGAAGAAAGAGAAACAGAGAGAAGCCUUGCAGAUUGUCUUUUGCCUUUUGGGCCUUGGGCGAAGGGGAGGCAAAAGGGCGAGGAGGAGGAGAAGGGGGUGGUUGGGGGAAACAAAAACACAAAGUAGAGAGAGAGGAAAGAGGAGGCCCUUAUUGCACAGAGUGAGAGAGAACUGGUUUUUAAAGUUUGGAGAUGGGGGGCAUCUAAUGGAUAAUGGUAAUGGUGGACAUUCACUGCGAGAGAGCAGAUUAAGGUAUUAUUACGAGUUGGGUUUUUAGAGAGAGAGAGAGGAAGAGAGUUUCUAGAUAGACCUGGUAAGAGAGAGAGAGGGGGGCCGGUUCUGCAUGAUGUGGGAUCUGAACGACUCGCCGGAGGAACGAAGGGGUGGCGCAUUAGUGGGGGAUUCAGGAAGCUUUGAAGGUGAAGAUGAUGAUAAAGGUAAGGGGGGUUCUGCAAGCAACGAGGAUGAUAAUUCAAACUCGUCCUCAGCUAUCGUGUUUGAAGGAUCUGAUGCAGAGAGUGGGAAAAAAGAUAAAAGUGGCGGCAACCGUAUCUUCGGCUUCUCAGUAUUGCAGCAGCAACAAGAUAGCAAUUGUUCAUCAGAGAGCUCAGAGCCUGAGAACAGCAACAACAACAACAACACAAAUGUUGUUACGAGACAGUUCUUUCCGAUAAUCGGAGGAGGAGAGAAGGAAGGGGAUUCCGAUCAGCUUUCUUUACAGGUUCGCUCAGAUGGGAGUGGGAGCGGGAGCUUGCCGUUGCCCAGGGCCCAUUGGGUAGGGGUUAAAUUUUGCCAAUCUGAGAGGCUAAAGGGUAUGGAGGUUUCAUCGCAGCCCAUCAAGAAGAGCAGGAGGGGGCCGAGGUCAAGGAGCUCUCAGUAUAGGGGUGUGACCUUUUACAGGAGGACAGGAAGAUGGGAGUCUCACAUUUGGGAUUGUGGGAAGCAGGUGUAUUUGGGUGGAUUCGAUACAGCACACGCAGCUGCACGCGCUUAUGAUAGAGCCGCGAUCAAGUUUAGGGGGGUUGAUGCAGACAUCAAUUUCAGCCUGGACGAUUACGAGGAGGAUUUGAAGCAGAUGAAUAAUCUGACAAAGGAAGAGUUUGUUCAUGUCCUCCGACGACAAAGCACCGGGUUCCCGAGAGGAAGCUCAAAGUUUAGAGGGGUUACGCUUCACAAGUGCGGCAGAUGGGAGGCCAGAAUGGGACAGUUUCUUGGUAAAAAGUAUGUCUACUUGGGUCUUUUCGACAGCGAGGUAGAGGCUGCAAGGGCCUAUGAUAAAGCUGCAAUCAAAUGUAAUGGGAGGGAGGCGGUGACCAAUUUCGAUCCAAGCAUUUAUGAUAACGAGAUCGCUGCCACAGCUGGAAGGGGAGGAGGAGGUCGCGGCGAUGAGGCGGAUCACAAUCUAGAUCUAAGCUUGGGGAGUUGGAAUUCCUCAAAACGUGAAAGCUUUGAAUCAUUGGGCGCUGAUGAGGAGCGUUUGGGCUUGGGUUUCGGCGGCGUGGAUCCAUCCUCCUCAUCCUCAAUAUUAAUUCAACCUUCAUCAUUUCAUCAAUCCUUUUUUGAUUGGAGAACAACCAAUCCCCGCAAUGUGAAGCCCAAGCAGUUUGAUGAGAAGUUCAAGUCACCGGAAGAUCAACGGAGUGGAGUUGGAGUAGAGCAGAUGUGUUUCAGCAGCUCUGGCCACGCUUCUCCUUCCUUCCCACCUGCAUAUGCUCAUUUGAGAAGGAGAAGCGAAGUUCCCCUCUUACAUUUCCACCCCGCUCCUCUUCCCCUUCAUGGAGUGCCUUAUCAUAUACAGCAGUAUCAGAGUGAUGGAGAGAGAUUGGGGAGAUUGUCUCUUGUAAUACAAGGAGAACAGCAACAGCAGGUCAACAACAACAAUAACAAGAGCUUGGGAGGCAUUAGCAUUACUAAUGGCUGGCCUGCACCGGCCCAAAUCUUUGCCACUGCUGCAGCAUCAUCAGGAUUCCCACCGCAGAUCAUACAUCAACAACGACAGCAACUGCCGCCACCACCGCCACCAUCUCAACCAAGUUGGAUGCACAAGAAUGGGUUCCAUUCUCUUAUGAGAACCACUUAAGCCUAACCAACCAACAAGCCGACCGAUCAAAAUAACAAAAACAACCGCCCAAGCGCAAGCUCAGAGAGAAAAAGGGGGUCUAUCUCUUGUAAUCUUUACUACGCUGGAGAAUGUAAAAGAAAGAGAUGAUACCAAUAUGGUGUUGUUUCGUAUUGUAACCAAAGCAGGAGGUUCUAUGAUAGGGUAGAACACGAUCAAAUUUCCCCAAAGAGGCCAAAAAAUAAAAAAAUAAAAAGUAAAGAGGAAAGGGACAACAAACGAGUCUCGCAUGUAGCAGGCCCCUUCGCCACUACUGUUUGGACUAGACAGGGAGAGUGAGAGAGACUGAAAUGACUGUUUGUUUCAACUUUCAAGAGUGGGAAAGUUUGAGAGAGAGAAUGAGAAGUACUCUUUGGGUGAUUUGAUUUAGCACUCAACGGGAUGGUUCAUUUUUGUUUUGGUAUAUGUUGUAGAACUGUAAUAUUAUGUCUAUCCCUUAGACCACAUAUUGUACAAGAGCUUAUUAAAGAAAACACAUGGAAUUCAAGAUUGCUUUCUUCUC